AAUAUAAACAUUGUUUAGACUGUGGAACUAAGUAAUAAAUAAUAUUAAAUUGUUGCUUCCCAAAUAUAGAAUGUUUACUAAAUUAGUCUUGUUCAUUUUUUUCGGAUUUUCUCCAUCUAUUUUGGCACAAUUUUAUGAAGACCAAAGAUGUCGUUGUGUUUGUCCUAGUCAAUCCACAUUUUUAAACAAGACCGUUAAAGGAUCUGAUAGAAAACUAUAUAUUGCAUUUGUACCACCCAAUAAAUGUACUUGUGAUGCUGUUAUUUUGCCUCUUGUGACUGAUGAAAUAAGACAAAAUGCUCAAAUAUUCUGUCCUAGAUGUGAUUGUACUUACGAAUCUAGAAACACAACUAUUAUUAUGGUUGUAGUAAUAAUGGUUUUGUGUGUUUUAAUGCUGUUGUCUGCAUAUUUUAUAUUCCUGUCAAUACUUGGUCCUCUUGCUGUUGAUAGAAAGCUCUCUGUACAUGUAAUCAAUGAUGAGGCCCAGAGACCUUUGAUGCAUGAUGAUAGUGAUUAGAAAAAGGCAUUCAUAGACAUUGUGAUAUUGUAUUGUUGUUAUUUUAAUAUUGUGUAUUUUGUAAUAUCUAAAUUGUUAAGAUUAGAACUGACAAUAAUCUUAUAUCUAUAUUUAAGUGUUAAUGUAUAAUUCAUAGUCUAUUUGUGAAUAUUACUUAAUGUAUACUUACUAUUUGAAAGUUUUCAUUUAAUUUAUGAUGUUUGAAUAAAAAAAUAAUGAUAUAUAAAAAUUGUAGCCUUUAAUUUAAUAAUUUAGAAAAAAAUCUUUUUAUGUAUAGUGUCAUGUCAACUUCCAUUUUGACCAGGACAGUUGCCAUGAGUGGAUCAACUCAUAAAAUAAAGACUUAUUUUCAUAGUG